AUGCAGCUCCCUACUCUUGCCGCUGCUGGCACCCUUAUGCUCGUCGCUCUCUCCAAGAGCGUGCUUGCUUGCGAUGGCUACCUCUUCUGCCACUGCUACAACUCUGAUGGCAAGCCCAACGACGCCGCAACUCAGACAGUCUGCAACCGAUACGACACAAAGUUGGCGAAAAUGAUUGAUGCCAACGCCUGGUCUGAUGGUGCCAAGGAGUGCCAGUACAUCGGACCCGAGGGUGCGAGGAUCGGCAAGUACUGGCAUCCCUACGGCUACAGCAACUGCCAAUGGCGCGAGAUGUGCCAGGCUGCUGGAGCCACUGGCACAGACUCUAGCUGCAGGGACACUCCCCCUGUUGGCGGUAAGAGCUACAGCGCCGGAGUUGCCUUCGUCCCGCACAGCUAG